ACCGGUUCGAGUCGAUGGGAUCGCAAGGACGAAGUCGUGCGACCAUCGCCGUAGGCGAGUUUUGGGGGCCAUGCCGAUUUCUCAUCGAAUCCGCGAAAACAGUGAUUCGCAUCGUUAUGCCCCGUUAUGCGCCGUUAGGCCCCGAUCCGACACGCGAGAACAUGAGCACGUGGGUGCUGCCGGGGGUCCACGACGUCCGGUUACUCCCGUCCGAAGACGAGAAUGCUGAGUCCAGACAAAGGCGCCUCCUCCCCGUCCUUCAGCGAAGACGACAGCCGACGCCAUUCCUACACGUCCCUGCCCACUCCUUCCGGGACGGUGGGGCGGAGUCGGAGCACGCUGUCCACGUCCACGCUCUCGAGGCUCAAGAGGGAAUACGGUCUCAGAUUCCCCAAGGGCCAAAGGGAAGGAGGAAAAGGGGAGAAGACGAGGUCGCUGGGGCACAUCCGCCACCAGGUGACCCUGGCCGCCCUCCGACCUUACAAGAGAAAAGGUGACAUCACGCUGGAAGACGUGAAGCGGGUGGCGGAGAGGCUGUCCGUGCCGGGACCCCACGAGGGGAGGGUCUUCCGGGUCGUGUCGACCGCCGAGUGGAUGGAUCGAUUUUACCUGGCGGCUGUCGAGUACUUCCAUCACUUUUUGGAUCUGGUGGCGGAGAAGAGGAGGUUUCGGUUCGAGGUGGAGAGGCCGGUGAUUCCGGUGCUGGUGAGGGCGGUGAAGGAGCUCGCGGGGGCGGUGAGGGGUCGGGGGUCGAAGGGGGUGCUGGAGAGGGGGGUGGAGACGCUGGUGGCUCACGGGGCGGCUCCGUUUCUGUAUCCCUUUCCGGACGGGGAUCUGGACGUGGUGGAUCUGGUUCUCGACGAGUGUCUGGGGGUGCUCGAGGCCGAGACGCAUCGGAGCCACCGUCAGGCGAAGAAGUCCCUCAACUCCAUGUGGAAGAACCGGGAGGAGGAGAAGCUCCGACACCUGGCCGAGAAGGAGGCUCUGGAGCGAAGGGUCCAGCGAGGCCUGGAGAAAUUCUCCGAGUCCUACUGCUCCCUUCUCCUGAGGAAGGAGUUCGGGGACCUGGGCGCCGGGAGGUCGAAGGUCCUCGCCCGGUUCACGGCGCUGGUCGCCUGGGUCGCCCUCGAACGACGGGACCUCUCCUCCAUCGACAAGGAAUUGGAUUCCCUUCUCGGGAUCGCCGGCCGCCACGGACGGAAAAAGGAUCUCCCCGUCUCCGAGCUCGUCCACGUCGAACUCCAACGCCGGAAACGAUUCCUCGGAAGAGGAUCCGAGGCGAAGGAGGAAAGCCCGAGCCCCGAAUCUCCGCCGGCCCAUCUGGGCAUAUUGGGCCGAAAAUGCUGCGAAUUCAACGGAGACUUGGAACCCCUCUCCGAUUAUCUCUCGCAACUCUGACUUCUCGCACGACCAAGCCAUUUCUGCUAUAUUUUAUUUCCUACUAUACUGUACAGGCUCACCUAUUCGUGUCUGUCCUGUUGUAUUCCUCGAUGCGAAACACGAUUACUCAGGUACACAAAUCAAUAAAAUUUUGUCACGAUUCCAG